CCUAUUAUUUCAACGAUGGCGGAAUGAAAUCAGAUGUAGUGGUAAACUCAAUCAAAGAGGUGGUACUAGCAUGCCAGCAUGCUGGCCUAAAAGUGUGGGCCCUUAUUUGUGACCAAGGGACACCUAAUGUGGCUGCUAUUAAUAAAAUGUAUAAAUACACGGCUGAAGAGUAUAUAAGAAAUGGCGAAGAAAACAGGCUUUUUGGAGUGAAGAUUGGGGAGCAGGAAGUGAUUCCUCUGUAUGAUCCACCACAUUUGUUAAAAUGCAUAAGGAAUAAUUUCUUUAUGUAUCAGGUUUCUUUUAAAUGGAGAAACAGUGGAACAGAAGUCGCCAAUUGGGACCACCUAAGGAAGUUAUUCGAAAUAGAAAACCAAGAAGACGACGAAUAUAGGUGCUGCAAAAAACUAACUAGGGAUCACAUAGAAAACACGAAAAAAAUGAAAGUAUCAAUGGCUGCACAAAUAUUCAGUAAUAAUGUGGCUUCAGUUAUGAAAAGGAUGGCUACGAGAGGCAAUGUUGUUGCUGAUCUAAAUUAUUUGCCACAAGGAGCAGUUAGUACAGCCGAGUUUCUUCUUUUUAUGGACUACGUAUUUGACAGUGUAAAUGGGUCAUACGUAUCCAUAAAAAAGGGAAAAACCUUAAAAUGUGCAAUCACAAAAUCAACAGGCCACAAAACUUUCUGGGCUGAGGCCAUAAAAGUUUUCUCAUCAAUGGAAUUUUCGAGCGGUUCCAAAACUCACAUAGUUCCCCCAUCAAUAAAAAAUUGGAUGCAUACUUUAAAAGCAUUUUCCUACUUAUGGUAUAAGUGUGAAAAGGAAAAUAUUGCAUUUUUAUGCCCAAGGAAUCUAAAUCAAGAUCCGCUCGAAAAUUUUUUUGGAUCCGUAAGGAGUCAUGGUGUUCGCAACAUCAGUCCCAAUGCUACCUCGUUUGUAAAUUCCUUGAAAUCACUUGUGAUUAACAAUUUCUUAGCCAGUCAUUCAAGAUCUGCUAAUUGCCAGAAUGACAAUUUAAAAGGUCUAGAUGACCUUAAACAUAUGUUAACGUCCCUCGAACCAGUUAUAGAGGUUGACGUCAGUUUUCCUAAUGUCAUAGUGCCUGAGUACCAACCAGCCCAUAAUUCUUUAUUGAAAAGAGGGAAGCUAACAUAUGUAGCAGGUUUUGUGGCUAAGAAAGUGUUAAAGCGCAUUGGAAUUUGCAAACAAUGUAGGCAAGACUUAGUUGGAGAUGACAGGAGCCGAGCAGAAUGCUUUAUUGUGGAUGCAAGAGCCUAUUCUGCAAAAGCGUUACUGGCCCCUUCAACAAAUUUUAACGAAUUUUUUCAAAAAUGUAUAUUUAUCAUGAGUAAUAUUUUGCCUCAAAUAUGCCACAGCCAAAAUAUUACUACGCUAAUUAAAAAAAUAUUAAACGAGUUAUGCAAAGAAAAAAUAUUCUGUUGCAAUAAGCAUGAUGUUAAAAAACUUAUAUGUGAUUAUAUUUCAGUUUUUCAUUUGAACGUAUGGAUUAAAAAUGUAAAUGCCAUAUUAAAAGGAAAGCAAGUAAUAAACAAAUCAUCCAUAGAUAGACUAAAAAUAUAUGCAUCUAAGAAAUUCGAAAAACAUAGGAAUUAUUGUAGUAGGGUACGUAGGAUGAAAAAUAUUCAGCAUUAAUAAAAGUCACACUUUUUGCCUGAUUUAGGUAUUUUUAAAGUAAAGAAAUUAAAGUAUUUUAAGUUAACGUCUUCUUUUUAUUGCCAGGGUUAAUAACAACAGCACAAUUUUCUCAGAUGUUAGAUCCUGUUUUAAAUUAAUAGGAGAACUAAACUAUCGUCAAUUUACAAUAGAAAAAGUAAAAAAAUCGGUCUUGCACUUAGAUUGUGGGUUAAAAAGGGGUUUAAAAGAAAAAAAUCGCCGUUGUGUGGUUGGCUCAUCCAACCCAAUUUAUAAUGAGAUAACAAGUAUACACACGUCCAGAUUUUUCAUCCAACCCGACUAAAUCUGAUUAUUAUGAAUUA